AUGUACAAUUCAUUUCAAGAAAGGCAACCAAAUACUGACAAUAUAAUCAGUGCAAAAUUGAAAUUGAAUGAAUUCUUUUUAACUUAUUUAUCCCAGAGUGAAACUACACAAUAUAUUCAUGAUUUACUCAAUGGUAUAAGUCAAUCAUCUGGUCAAAGUUCAAAGUCAACUCCUUCUUCACCUUCAACUUCACCAUAUAAACAACCUUAUCCUUUCUUAAAUAGUAAUAAUAACAAUAAUAAUAAUAAUAAUAAUAAUAAUAAUAAUAAUAAUAAUAACAAUAAUAAUAGUGCAUCAAUAACAAUACCAAUCCAAUUUUCAUUGGGUGAAUCAACCAAUGAUAAUUCAAAUGAAAAUAAUAGCUCAUUGAAAUCUGAUAUAAAAAUGGAUGAAGACGAAUGUAAUAAUAAUGAUAAUACUAUUAAUAAUAAUGAAAAUAAUAAUAAUAAUAAUAAUAAUAAUAAUAAUAAUAAUAAUAAUAAUAAUAAUAAUAAUAAUAAUAAUAAUAAUAUCUAUACAAAAGAUGAAUCACAUGAAUCAUCAUCAUCAGAGGUUGUAACUUCACAAAUAGCAACCUCAACAUCUUCACCUCAAAAAGAAAUAAAAGAACAAAAUGAUAAAGAGAAAGAAAAAGGCAAAGAGAUUGAAAAUGAAGAUGAAAAUGAAAAUGAAAAUAAAAAUGAAAAUAAAAAUGAAAAUAAAAAUGAAAAUGAGAAAGAGAAAGAAAAAGAGGAAAAAGAGUUGGGAUUAAAAAAAGAAAAAGAGGAAAAAGAAAAACAAGAGAAGGAGGAGGAAAAACAAGAGACUACUACCACCACCACCACUUCAACCACUAUAUCAUCAGAUGAUAAAACUGUAAAUAACAUAUCACCAAAUAAAAACAACAAUAAUAAUAGUAAAAAAUUAAAAAGCGAAGAUGGAUGUGUUAUCAUUCAGUGUGAUGAUAACAAUAAUAUUGAAACAACAUCAUCAUCAUCAUCAACAAACAAUAUAGAAUUACCAAAGAUACCACAAUUUUAUUUCCCAAAAAGUAGAGCAAUAAAUGAUAAAUUAGAAACUAGUAUAUUUACAAUUAAAAAUAGAUUUCAAACUUUUAAAUCAAUUGAUAUGAAUCAACAAUCAUGUACUAAUAUCCCCGCAAAAUAUAUCUCCUCAUUUGAUGAAUUUGAAGUUUUAAUUAAAGAUUUACAUUCUUUCCCAAGAAUUUUAAAUAGACUUUUAUUCAUUUACACUUUAAAACAAUUAAAAUUAAUUGAUGCAAUUUAUAUACCUCAAGAUGCAUUCAUAGAGUUUUGGAAAACAUAUAUUUAUGGUAAAGAUGCAGAAGAUUUACUAUUUAAUAUUUUAAAGAAAUCUGAAGAUUCAAACUUUUUAUUUUAUGAAGAUUUUUUCUUAUUUUCAAAAACAUUGAUCGAUUUUCAUCCAGGUUUAGAAUUUUUAUCAAAUACACCAGAGUUUCAAGAUAGAUAUCAAGAAACAAUUAUUAUUAGAAUAUUUUAUGGAACUUGUAGAAAUAGAGGUAGAAUUACCGCAAAGGAUCUAAAAACAAAUAACUUUAUUAGAUCAUUAAGUUUAUUAGAUGCUGAACCUGAUAUAAAUAAGCAUUUAGAAUAUUUUUCAUAUGAACAUUUUUAUGUUAUUUAUUGUAAAUUUUGGGAAUUGGAUAUGGAUCAUGAUCUCUUCAUUGAUAGUAAUGAUUUAGCAAAAUAUGGAAGUUGUAGUUUAACUCCAUUAAUCAUUGAAAGAAUUAUUGCAAAUUCAAUAUUUACCAAACCUUUAUUUGGUAUUAGAAAUAAAAUUUCUUAUCAAGAUUUUGUUUGGUUUAUAUUAUCAGAAGAAGAUAAAACAAGUGAAACUAGUAUUGAAUUUUGGUUUAGUUGUUGUGAUUUAGAUUGUGAUGGAUUUUUAAGUUUAUAUGAAAUGGAUACAUUUUAUAAGGAACAAAAGCAGAGAUUAGAUUAUUUGAAUUUAGAUCCCCCAGUAUUUAAGGAUCUUUUAUGUCAAAUCUUGGAUAUGAUUAAACCAGAGGCAAUUGAAAAGAUUACAUUGUUGGAUUUAAAGAGUUCAAAAAUGGCUGGUUAUUUAUUCAAUGUAUUAUUUAAUAUCAAUAAAUUCUUACAACAAGAAUCAAAAGAAUCAAUCACUUGUAAUCAACCAAUGAGCGAUUGGAAUAGAUUUGCUUUACAAGAAUAUGAAAGAGCUUUGGCCGAAGAAUCACUCUCUUAUCAAGACGAUGAAGACGAUCAAAAUGAUGACCAAGAUGAUGACGACCAAGAUGAUGACGAUCAAGAUGGUCAUCACCAUAAUCAAUAUCAUCAUCAAGAUAAUAGAAUGUUAAUAGGUUAA